GGUGAAAACCAAAAAAAAAAAAGUAUAGGGAAAAUAAAUGAGGGAAGGAAGGAAGAAGAAGUCCUCCUGAGAUAAAUUAAAAAAAAAGAAAAAAAAAACGAAGAAGUCAUCUCCUUCACACACGAUUUAAUGACUCUCAUGCCCCUCCCACAUUCUUCGUUCGUUGCCGUUGCUGCUAGUGCAACCGUAACUUCCUCCCCUGUGCUUCCGCUCGCUUCUCCCACUGUUCGCGGCUUCGUUUCCUUCAAGAAGCUUCCUCUUCGUUCUCGUUGCGUCGUCGUCGCAUCGUUUGUUAGAGUGAGAGCCAUGUCUGGGCUUGUUCAGGAUAAGGAAUCUGUCCUCCCGGCUACCACUGAGCCCAACCAUUCCCGUACCUUCUUGGAUGCACGAACUGAACAAGAUCUUAUCUCUGGUUUAAAGAAAGAAAAAGAAGCUGGAAGGUUGCCUCCCAAUGUUGCUUCAGGGAUGGAAGAGCUUUACUGGAACUACAAAAAUGCUGUGUUAAGUAGUGGAGCUUCCAGGGCAGAUCAGACUGUUAUAUCCAACAUGUCUGUUGCUUUCGAUCGCAUGCUUCUUGGUGUCGAGCAUCCUUAUACCUUCAAUCCUUAUCAUAAAGCUGUUAGAGAACCAUUUGACUACUACCAGUUUGUUCAUACAUACAUCCGUCCCCUCAUUGAUUUCAAAAAUUCUUACGUUGGGAAUGUUUCUCUUUUCUCUGAGCUGGAAGACAAGAUUCGGCAGGGACACAAUAUCGUGUUCAUAUCAAAUCAUCAAAGUGAAGCUGAUCCCGCUGUCAUUUCACUCUUACUUGAAGCACAGUGUCCAUACAUAGGAGAGAACAUUAAAUGUGUGGCUGGUGAUAGAGUCAUCACUGAUCCUCUAUGUAAGCCGUUCAGUAUGGGAAGGAAUCUCAUAUGUGUUUACUCGAAAAAGCACAUGAACGAUGAUCCUGAGCUUGUUGAUAUGAAAAGAAAAGCAAACACACGAAGCUUAAAGGAGAUGGCUACACUGCUAAGGUCUGGCUCCCAAGUUAUAUGGAUUGCACCAAGCGGUGGAAGGGACCGCCCGGAUCCUUCUACAGGGGAAUGGUUUCCUGCACCCUUUGAUUCUUCGUCUGUGGACAACAUGAGAAGACUGGUUGAACAUUCUGGUGCUCCUGGACACAUCUAUCCAAUGUCUUUGCUUUGCUAUGGCAUCAUGCCUCCUCCACCCAAAGUUGAGAAAGAAAUUGGAGAGAAAAGAUUAGUUGGGUUUCAUGGUACCGGACUAUCAAUAGGUCCUGAGAUCAGUUUCUCGGAUGUCACGGCAGACUGCAACAACCCUAACGAGGCGAAAGAAGCAUACAGCCAAGCUAUGUACAAGUCGGUCAAUGAACAAUACAAGACUCUAAACUCUGCAAUCAAUCAGGGAAGAGGAAUAGGAGCAUCAACUUCCACGGUGUCUUUGUCACAGCCCUGGAAUUAGUCUCUCAAGUUUUAGGGAUAGACGAUCAAUGGAAACAUAACCUCACACGCUAUCUUCAAAAAUUAUAUUCCAAAGCCUCUCACUCCCAGAAAACAAAGAAACAGGUUCAUCUUUGCUUUCUAACGUAGGAACAAAAUUUGGUUUGUGUACAUGUGAAUAGCAAGAAAAGAGAUGCACACUCUUGCUAGGCUCUUUUAGAUCACAUAUGCUUUUCCAUUUGUAAUAUUCUUCUUUUUUUUUUUUUCUGCUUCCUCUACUUAUAUAGAGCCGAAUGAAUAAUUCACAUGACCAAUUUUAUUAUUCCCCUUC